UCAAAAGUCAAACAAAAAUUUACAUAGUCAAACAAAUUUACUUUUGACCAUUUUCAAAUAGUGGUACAGUGAGAUAUACAUUGGGCGAGUCAAUUUUGAUCAUCCAGUCCGAUAAUUAAAAUAAAUUUUUUAUAUCCGACAUAGUUUCCAUUUUAAAAUGAUGUCUUGAUGGUAGUGCCGCAUUUGUAGCGCAUUUUCAAAUUCAAUCGAAUAACUUCAAAUAAUAUUCAAAACUCAUCUUAAACGUUAAAUCUUAUUAAUCUUAAUAGAUAGUUUUCUUUUCCUAUCUACAUAUUUCUAACUUACUAUCUAUAUCAUCAACAUUAUUUCACAUACAUACGCUUGAGGAAAUUAAACAAAAUUCGGAAAGUCUCAUUAGCUGUGAUAAAGAUGUUUUUCGAAUCACAAAUCUACUAUCCAUUUCAUAGGACAAUGUAGUUGGUUGCAACUUGAAUAACUUCUCAACGGAAGUAGCUAGAGACGUGUGAUUUGCGUUGUUAGAAAGAGAAAAGAUAACUUUAUCAGGAAAUGUAACAUUCAAGCAGGUUGCACCGACUUCUGGUGCCACCUAUCGAUGAAACUUCUUUAAGUGGACUUAGCGCCGAAAGUUCUUAUAGCAUGGAGUUGUCGUAUGACAUGAUUCAUAGAGCAAACAUUUCUCUACAACCCUCCAAAAUCAGAAAAUUUAUUAAACUUCAAGUCUGGCCAGGGAAGUCCAAAAACCAAAACCUCUAAAAAUCGGUUUUUGGCCCGAAACCCACCUUAAAACUUCUCAUAUUGUGUUCUCGUGUAGCCCAUGUUGUAGAGCAUGUCGAACUACCCUUGUGUACCAAUUUUGAGCAUCAUACGACUUCGGGAACGAAAAUUCGAAGUUUUCGAUAAAUGUCUCAUAGGCUGUGAUCAUAUGCAUUAAAAUGAACAACUUCGAAUUUUCGUUCCCGAAGUCGUGUGAUGCUCAAAAUUGAUACACAAGAGUAGUUCGACAUGCUCUACGACAUGGGCUACACGAGAACACAAUACGAGAAGUUUACGUAGAUAGGAAAAGAAAAUGUCUAUUAAGAUUAAUAAGAUUUAACGUUUAAGAUUAAUGUGCUUCUAUGAAUAGAAUUAGAAAACAAUCGAAAAGUACAAUACAGAAAUGAGAAAACUGUUGGGACUUAAUUUCGAUAAAAGUUAUAAGAAAAGACAAAACAGUCCUAUAUAUUUUGCUUCGGAAUGAACUUUCAUUUUUGGCUCAUCACUAAUUAUUUAAUACACAUUAUUCUUUCAAGCGUCUGCCUAUAUGUAAUUAAAGAAAAUUUGAAAUUCUCAAAAUUAUCACUCUUGUGAAGCAUUUGCCCUACGGAGCAUCUGUCCUAGCAGAGCAAGUGUCUGAGAAGCAUCUGGCCGGGAUUUCUUCUUAAAGAUCAACUUCGAUAGCUUUUGACGGUCAGUUUUAGUUUCCUGAUAGGAUGCUACCAAUUGUUCGAAACAGAGAGACAAGAGAACCCUUAGCUUUAGACUCUUUCCUUACAGUCAAGAUAAUAUAUUUAAAGAGUGAUUUAUGUCACAAUUUUCAAGUUCUGUAGAGCAUGUUUUAUAAGAUUGACCGUCGAAUAUUUAGAGAAAGACUCUUGAAAAUCCACAGACCCAGGCGUCAAAAAAAAAAUCUAGUAUCGCCCGAUCCAUCUAGAUUACUAGAUUUUUACUAGAUUGCAAUUAUUUGGUAACGACAGGGGAAGUCGAGUAAUCGGGCGGUUGCCAGAUUUCUUCUAGUUGUAACUAUCGAUUUAUCGCCGGAUAAUCGAUCGAUUUAACUGUUGCUAGUUAUACAUACAGACACAUUUAGUUAAAAGUCCCUUUUCCAACUAGUAAUCUAGAUGGCAACUAGUGGUGUAUCGCCCGAUUUCAGACGAAAUGUAUCUAGAUUUUUCUCAUAGGCGAUAUUUGCUUGGGAAAAACAGUAUCAUAUUGCAAAAGAAAUAGAUUAUUGAAUCAUAUGUGUUAUCCACGUCUGAACUUUUCAUGAAAUUUAUGAAGUUGUGUUGUGGGGAAGAACAUCUUGAAUAAUAUUUUUCUAUUUUUGAAUUCCUUAUAGCCUGAUGAAAUCAACGUAGAUGGUGAAAGAUUAUCGUCUUAUGAAGGUAUCAAUUAUUACACAAACUAUACAUCAUCUCAAUCAUGUACAUGGGAUAUUUAUUGGAAAAAAUUUAACCAUUUUCAUGAAUGUCCUCUGGUUAAAAUGUGUUACGAUUUCUUAUUUUUUAUUUGGUUACUACUUGUGUUCAGUUAUAUGAUGCUAUAUCAUUUUGAUCCGCCGGAUGAAUCGCUAUAUUUACAUUGGACUGAAAUCUAUGUUAUCGUAACAAUAUUCACAAUGUUAUUAGAAGAUAUUCGUCUGCUUCGUGAUCUAUCAGGAUUUAUAUAUGUUAUGUUUGUUUGUAUUUCCGCCUAUGGUAUUGUAUCUCGAUCAAUGAUUAUGUAUAACAAAGUUGAAUUUACUGGUCGAGGAAUAUUUUCAAAUAUUUUUUAUCCACCAUAUUGGUUUUUAUAUACAGUUGUUGAUGAUGAACGAAAAACAUUAGAUGGUAUUAAAUAUAUUCAUUUAUAUUGA